AUGCCUCUCCCACCAGCCUUAGCUGCGCGGCUGGCUAAGCGAGGUAUAAUAAAAGCUACUCCCGAACCAGUACAGAACGCUGAAGUUCCUCAGACUCAAACCAACGAAGAGAUCAUAGCAGAAGAUUAUGAUAGUAAACUUGACGAUCGGGCUAAGGAACACUUCUGGGAAGGCAUUGAAGGUGUUAACGUUGAUCCUAUAAAGGGUCAUAAGGGUUGCCCGAAUAAAAGUAAUAUCUACCACGAAUGUUCCAAGUACUGCGUAAAAAGAUGGAAAGCAGGAAAAACUGUUCCCCGCGAGAAUUAUUUGGAAUACAAGAAGAAAGCUUUAGAAAUAUGGCCUUUGCCACCCGGCUGGGAAGAAGUCUAUGAUGAAGGUUUUGGGCAGCAUUACUUUUGGAAUGUUCACAAUAAUUUAGUUUGCUGGUUACCUCCUGCUCAUCCACGUGCUGUCCCUACCGAGAGUGCUGCACACUUAAGAGAAGAGCGACUGUUGAAGGAAGGUGAUGAAAGUGACGAUAGCAGUGAAGCUUCUGAUCAGGAAGUCCCACAACAAGUGCACAAAGAAAAGAAACAUGAACGGAGGGAGAAGGACAAGGAUUUAGUGCAUCACAGAAAUAAAAGACAAAGGGUUAAGGAUAAUGACUUGGAUCCAAUGGACCCUGCUGCUUAUUCUGAUAUAGCUAGGGGUAGCUGGACUUCUGGACUUGACACCCAUGCCAAGACUGGAGUAGAUUCAACUGCAACUGGAUCAUUGUACCAAAUGAGACCUUAUCCUGCGCCUGGAGCUAUUCUUGCAGCCAAUGCAAAACAGUCAACUCCAUCUCCAUAA